UAUUAACACCAGUUAUUAUAAAGUGUUUAAUAUUAUUAUUAUUAUUCAUGUCUGUUCUUUUAUCACAGUUUGUUUGGUUUUUUUGCAUGAAACUCUGCUUCACUUUGUAAUUCCUUCAAUAAUAAUAAUAAUAAUGAUGAUAAUAAUGAAUAGCUCUUAUUUCCUGUUAACAGGAUUAGGAUCUUCUGAAGCCUCUUUCUGCUGUUUUUCCUUUUAGUUCAAGGCUUUGAGGCUCAGUGUGUCAUCAUCAUCAUCAUCAUCAUCGUUCUACUGUUUCUAUUGUUUUUUCUCUUUUGUAACUUUGAACUGAAUAAAUAAACCAAUCAGUGUCUUUGCUCUGUAGCAGAAAGCAGCUUCAUUCUCAUCUGUGCAGUCUUCAUCACGGACCAAGCUGAUGAUGAAGAUGGGUUUUCUCUCCUCCUCUUUUCCUUCCUCUGCUUGUUGGUCCACCCCUCGGAGCCUCGGAGGCCUUCGCCCCUGAAGACUGGAGUGCCUGUGAAAAACCUGCCUCGCUUCUUGUCUGACAGUCAGAUCAUCUCAGAGGAAGUUUCUGACCAAGGUGAUGAAAAUCAGCCAAAAGACAAAAGUGAAAGAAAGCAUCAGACAACUGAAGAUUGUUCUCAGUGAACCACAGGACGCAGGAACGCACCGUGACGGCCGAUUGGACAUUUACUGAUGGAGAUGAUCGAUUGAGAUGAUUAGGAUUCAGAGAUAAUUGGAUUUCUGAAGUCACCUCUGAGACAGGAAAAACAGGCCCAAACCUAUUUGUGUCCAGGUCACAGCGCUCCCUGGUGAUUGAGCACGAGACUAUUUAAGCUCAGGUGUUUGAACACCUGUGCCGGCUUCACGUUACCCAGGUUUCAGUGAGCGAACACCUCCGGUACCGCCGCCACUUAGAUUGGUCCCUCUGAGCAAGCAGGAAGUGGUCACAAACUUGAGCCACAGAAGACACUUGCUGUGUUAGAAACAUGAGGAUGGGACCUGGUCCUGAAGCUGAACCAGAACUAGACCCUGGUGACUGCUGUUCAGGUUCUGGAUCAGGGUCAGGAAUAGUUCCACCUUGACCUCGUCCCUGGACGAGAGUCUGAACUCGGUCUGGUCUUUCAGCCUCCGUCUGGCCUGAGCUGCUACCAUCAGGGACCCGCUGACCUGGCUCAGGGUCUGAUAACAGACCCAGGACCACAAGGACUGGAUCUCUGAGCGGAUUUUCAUCACAACCACACGAAGUGAUGGGAUAAACUAGAAACCAGUUCAGACUGAGAGAGAGAGAGCGAAAGCAUGGGGCGAUCAAGACCUCUCUCUCUGGCUCUGGUUGGUUGGCACCUCCUCCCCCUCCUCCCUCUCUUCAUCUUGCUCUCGCACACCCGCGCACACACAUCGUCUCUCACCUCUCCUGUCCUUAUAAGGCCAGGCCCCACCCCCGCCGUGAUGUCGUCAGCAGCAAGGAGGAAGACCCGUGGGGUUUUUGGGUUUUGGCGUCCAGUCCUGUGGGGCCGCAGGGCUGAGAGUUUCUCCUCCGCUCCUCAUCCCUCCAUCCCAGCCCACCUCCUCUCUCCUCCUCUCUUUGGGGAAAAGAAAAAAGACACUUUGCUUGAUUCGCCGUCCGGACCCGGCUGUUCUCCCCCUCGUUUUCUCGUCCUCUGAGGAUUUUAUUUCUCUUUUCUCGUUUCCUCCUCCUCCUCCGGCCUUUUUUUCUGUCACUGAUGAUCAAGAAUAAAAAAAAAACCUUCUUAAAAACUUGCAGACUGGAUUUUUUUCUGCCCUGAAAAGUUGAAUUAAAUCUGCAAAUCAGACGAAAAGUUCUGCAGAAUUUUAAACUCCUUGUUUUUCUUCAUCCUCGCCGCCUCGUUUUAGACCUCGACGUGCGGGUGAAGAAAAUGUCGCCCGUUCAGAAGCCUCGCUCCGUCCUGUAGAUCACAUUUUUUCUGCUGGACUUUUUCUUCUUCUUCUUGUUUUUGCGGCUGAGCUGCAGCAGCGACGCUCGCAGCAUCCGGGCCCCUGAGAUGUUUGGGAUCCAGGACAACCUGCCCCGUGGGGCCACGGCCAACAUGAAGGAGGAGCCGCUGGCCGUUCGCUCCUGGAUGCACUCGGCCGGUGUGGUGGACGCCAACACGGCUGCUCAGAGCGGGGUGGGGUUAGCUCGCGCUCACUUUGAGAAGCAGCCGCCGUCCAACCUGAGGAAGUCCAAUUUCUUCCACUUCGUGCUGGCUCUGUACGACCGCCAGGGUCAGCCCGUUGAGAUCGAACGCACCGCCUACGUCGACUUUGUGGAAAAGGAGAAGGAGCCGACGGGAGAGAAGACCAACAACGGGAUCCACUACAAGCUGCAGCUGCUCUACAGUAAUGGAGUGAGGACGGAGCAGGACCUGUACGUCCGCCUCAUCGACUCCAUGACCAAACAGGCAAUCAUCUAUGAAGGCCAGGACAAAAACCCUGAGAUGUGCCGAGUUCUGCUGACGCACGAGAUCAUGUGCAGCCGCUGCUGCGAUAAGAAGAGCUGUGGAAACAGGAACGAGACGCCGUCAGACCCCGUCAUCAUCGACAGGUUUUUCCUCAAGUUUUUUCUGAAGUGUAACCAGAACUGCCUGAAAAAUGCAGGAAACCCACGAGACAUGAGGCGAUUUCAGGUGGUUGUGUCAACGACGGUGAAUGUGGAUGGUCACGUUCUCGCCGUCUCCGACAACAUGUUCGUGCACAACAACUCCAAACAUGGCCGCCGGGCGCGGAGACUGGACCCGUCUGAGGCAGCCACUCCCUGCAUUAAAGCCAUCAGUCCCAGCGAGGGGUGGACGACGGGCGGCGCCACCGUCAUCCUCAUUGGCGACAACUUCUUCGAUGGCCUUCAGGUCGUCUUUGGCACCAUGUUGGUGUGGAGCGAGCUGAUAACCCCUCAUGCUAUCCGAGUCCAGACUCCGCCCCGGCACAUCCCCGGAGUCGUCGAGGUCACGCUGUCCUACAAGUCCAAACAGUUCUGUAAAGGAGCGCCGGGACGCUUCGUCUAUACAGCGUUAAAUGAGCCUACCAUCGAUUACGGCUUCCAGAGGUUACAGAAGGUCAUCCCCCGCCACCCCGGAGACCCGGAGAGACUGCCGAAGGAGGUGCUGUUGAAGAGAGCAGCAGACCUGGUAGAGGCGCUCUAUGGGAUGCCUCAUAAUAACCAGGAGAUCAUCUUGAAGCGAGCAGCAGACAUCGCUGAAGCGCUCUACAGCGUUCCCAGGAACCACAACCAGAUCCCAUCGCUGGGCAACACCGCCUCCCAUGGCAUGAUGGGAGUCAACUCUUUCAGCGGGCAGCUCGCCGUCAACGUCUCUGAGACAACGCAAGUCGGCUACAGUCGAAACACCAGCAGUGUGUCACCGCGAGGAUAUGUACCAAGCUCCACCCCCCAACAGAGUAACUAUGGCAACACAGUCAGCAACAGCAUGAAUGGCUACGGCAACACAGGCAUGCCAAACCUUGGGGUGGCAACAUCACCCGGUUUCCUCAACGGGUCAUCAGCCAAUUCACCCUACGGCAGUAAGUAUCAAGUCGUUCCCUCCAGUCCCACCAUGGCCGUCUCUAACUGUAACUCCUCGCAUGGAGUUUUUUCCUUCUCGGCUGCCGUCAAACAGAAGAGCGCCUUUGCUCCCGUCGUUCGGCCGCCAGCUUCACCUCCUCCUCCACCCAACUGCUCUGCCAACAACGCCAAUGGGCUGCAAGCCAUGUCCGGCCUCGUCGUUCCUCCCAUGUAGAAAACCUUCCUCCUCGUUCCUCACCUGUCUCCUCCCCCUCAGCCACGAGCACUAAUCACCUCAGAGGAGGAGGGACCUGUGGCCUAAGGAGGCGGGGUCUCCGGCAGCAGCCGGUCGUCUACGACUGGGAUGAGCCUCUAAGAAGAACCUGAGAAGGACUUUUUGUAGAGCAGCUUUCUGCAGGUGCUUUCACCUGUCUGUAAUUAUUCUGAUGUUAUACUCUAUGUUUGGGGGCGGGGUCAUUCGAUGUAAAAACUGUGAUGUCACAUCUGAGACUUGACUUCACUUAGUCUGCUUGUGAUGUAAUCUUAGUUGAAGAAAUGGGAAUCUAAAGAUGAGUGAGAUUAAAGGCUUCAAAUUACAGGACACAGUUAUCAGUGUAAUUCAGGCCUGUCAUAUCUAGCAUUCGGGGUGCUGAUGGUGCCCUUCAUCAGCACCCUGAUGAGGAGCAGACAAUGACUGUGACAUGAUAAACACCUCUGAAAGCACCUGAGUUCAGGUGAACCUCAGUGGGGGGAGGCAAAACACUUCCUGUUUUUAAAAAAAUAAAUCUACUGAUGAUCUUCACAAUAAUCCAGGACAUCACAUCAUCAAACCUUUGCCAACCUUUAGCCAAACUGAAGUCUCAUAUUUGAAGAACAUUUCAGACAAGAGAGAUGAACACAGAAGCAGCAGCACUGAUUUUAGAUGGGCUGAAGGUUCAAGGGAGGUUCCUGUUAUUUCUGCUGCUGCCAGACUCAGAACAGGUGGAACGAACAGGAAGCUUAGCUAUGAAAGGCUCCUCCCACUGAGAAAUCACUAAAAUCUGUUGCAGUAUCCGGCGGCGUCCAUGUUGCCAUGAACAGUGUUUAUUUUAUCAGAAAAAUGUGGCAGGAAUAAUUUGAGGCCUUUAAUCGUUUCAGUAACCUCAGCACAUAAACUUCUGACCUCUGAAAGCACAACGAUAAAACAAUAAAUGAAAAAUAUCAGUGUUUCCCUUGAAGUCCCGCCCUUCUUCUUUUAGCCCCGCCCUUGUACGUUUGUAUUUUUUUUAUGCUUGCGCUGUUAAAAAAAAAAAAAAAAAUCCUGCAUCCUGAUACGCUACUGUGACUGUCUGUCUUCUUGUUCAGAGUUGUCUUUUUAACCGUAGCUCCUCCCACAACCCCAAAGCCCCUCCCAUUCAUUCGAGCCCCACCCCCGUGUGUUUUUCUCUGUGGGUUUUGUGAUUUUUGCCAAAGUUGUAGCUGGCUGAAUAUUUAUACGUCACUGUGGUUGAUCACGCUGCCCCGCCCGUCACCAAAAUCACGAGGGAAACUCUUUUGUAACAUACAGAUUAUAAAUAUGUAUUUAUAUCUGAGAUUGUUUUGUAUAAAUGUCAAAUCAUGUUGUCUUCAUGGGGUUUUAGACAUGUGUGUGUAAGUGGUGUUGCCACACUGAAAAACAACCAUCGUUUUGUAUUAAAAAACAAAAAUGAAUGUCUUCACACAUUUAUAGUGCUGUCAAUCAAAGCUGACGUCCAAUCAGCUCCACUCGUUUGGUUUCAGUUGUUUUUAAUGUAACUCUUGUUCAAUGACUGUUUGGCUGUUCGGAAAUGAUUUCUUCACAGUGAAUAAAGACAGCA